AUGAAUGCCAUCAAACAGUAUAAAAAUAAUGAAGGUGUCGUAGACGCUCCUAAACUAAAAGACGCUAAAAUAAACAUAACAAAAAUAUUGUGGCGGAUGCCUAUAGUGAGAGUUAGCGAUAGAGAAAAAAUUCGACUGUUGAAAGUAGUCAACAGUCAAAAACCCCUGACAUGUACGUUCAGAUCGUGGGAACUGUGUGAAUACCCAUUUUUACCUCAAAACACUUCACAUUCGUGGAAAGUAAAGACAUCCAACAAGUUGGAAAAACCUCGAUAUGUUAUAAUCGGAUUUCAAACUGAUAGGAAAAAUAGCACAAGUAAAGCAAUGUCAUACCUCGAUCAUUGUAAAAUUAAAAACUUGAAAGUCUAUUUAAACUCCGAAGUAUUUCCAUAUGAAGAUUUUCAAAGUGACUUUAACAAGAAUAAGAUGGCGACAUUAUACCGCGCGUAUGCAGAGUUCCAAAAAUCUUACUACGGUCACGACGAUUUGUUGACAUGA